GGAGCAUUACUUGCUGGGCUUUUGUGUUACGACUAGCGUUUGCCAAUAUUUAAGAGAAAAACUGGAAGAAGAUUGUUUUGUCGUACGUCGUACCCCUCAUAACUACUAACAGCAUUCAAGUAUUUCUACAGCAUGUAAAUUUAUUGCGAAGAAGAUAUGUACAAGUAGUACUAGGAGAGCCAGCGAGAACAUGACGAUGUUCAUGUAAUUCUGUCUGUCUUCCGAUAAUCCGUUUGUCCGUUUAGGCAAACUAAUCAAAUUAACGGAAUAAGAAGCAUCAAAAUGUCGGGACAGCGGAGUUUGGCUAACCUACGGCAAACGCCUUGGUACAGUCAAAUAGUGGCCUUUCAGACAGAUUUGGCCGUCCAAGAGCUUCCGCUGAGCCGCGAGCUGACUAGCACGGCGCGAGAGGAUGUACGGCAGAUAUGCAAGCACUUGGGCCUCUCGUUUCGAACCGGGAAUGAAGGCGCACACAAAUUUGUACGGCCGAAAUUGAAUUCUCUGUGCUUUCAUGAUGAUGUUGGUGACGUGCUGGCAUUCUGUUUUCAAAACCUAGUCACAUUUUCUGUUUCCUAGAUCAUCUAGAAAUUUUUUUCGAUACCCUCGCACUUUUUUUCAGAUAACAGUCCUGAAACCUUAUCAUACCUUACCUUUCCUAUCUCGACUCGCUCCCUUUCAGAUAACAGUCCUGAAGCCACAGUUCGAGAAGAUAGCACCUGACUUUUCUCAGAUCGAAUCUGUGAGUAUGUCAGCUAGUAAGAUCGUGCUCAAAUUCCGCAAAGCCGCCGAUAUCGGCAAGCCUGAGGUCGAGGCCGAGAACAAUGUCCGCUGGGUCGCUGAGAAAAUAGUCGGCAUGACCGGCAGAAAUCCGGAUGAACUGCCCAUAGAGCGACUGGAAAAACUGGGGACAGCGAUGCAGCGCUUCGAACAGAUGCGAUCGAUGAAGAUUAGAGAGCAGACCGAGCAAAGCAGAGCGCCUACAGAAGUCGUCGCACCUGCAGAUCAUGGGGGCUAUGUGUUUGCGAACUCUAUUGGAGAGUCGGGAGGGGAAGGUAGUUCAUCCUCUAAACCUGCCAGUGCGGUAGUCGAAGAGGACAAGCAAAAUGGUAACGACCGCAAUGGAGCGAAGAAGAAAAAGGCCUCUUCACUCGCCGAAGAAGAAGAAGAAGAAGAGGCUGAAGAAGUUGUGAAAAGCAGCAACAAGAGGAAAAGUCGACGGACGAAAAAGAAGAGGCGCUCAUCUUCUUCAUCUUCGAGGUCAUCAUCCUCGUCGUCAAGCAGUAGCAGCAGCAGUAGCAGCUCCUCAAGCAGCGACGCUUCGUCCAAAAAGAAAAAAGGGAAAAAACGCAAAGCCCUUUUGGCGAAAAAAAAGAAGCGAGAAGUUGUAUUGAAAGAUAAUGAAGGUACAAGGAGAACUCAUGAUGAUACAAAUACAGGAGCUAAGCAGAAGGCUGCAGCUUUGGGAGGAGCGCCUCCUGGCUCACCGCCCAGUCGCAGACCUGACGCCACCGUAAAAAGUCCAUUCGAUAUCAAAGGCCAGCAAGUCGAAAACGCAGAAGAUCUUCUUGCUGCUAAAAAAGCUAAAAAGGAGAAGAAGAAGCUAAAGAAAAACCAGAUGUUGGAGCAGCAGGCUUUGAUGAAUAACGGGAACGGCCUUCAGGGAUACACGAUGCAGCCUGCUGGAGGGUACCAACAGCACCCUUACAAUCAACAAGGUGGACCUGGAGGGCUCCAACAGCAUCCCUCUAUGAUCGGUGGACCGCCUGCUUCGGGUGCGCCGUAUCAACCGCCUGGAGGACCAUUCGUACAACCACCACCUGGAGGUAAAAAAGGUCUACCGCCUCCUGGAGCUGCACCGUCUUUCCAGCCUCCACUUGGAGGAGUGCCUGGGAACAAUUAUACCGCACAGCAAAUGCAAAAUGUGCAGAUGCAGCAGGUAAACCCCUAUGCACCAACAUCAGCUCCAGCAGUAGCCGCCAGCGCCGGCGAUAAUUCACCAGGAGGUGCGAAAAUUGGAGCGCCGAAUCAGAUUGUAAACAAGGGCCAUCAACAUGUAGGGCCGGGAUCGGGACCAGAAGCUGGAGCACCACUAUCGAUGUAUAUGGCAGCACCAGCGAUGCGCGUUCCACCUGGAGGAGGACCUUCAGGUCAUCAAUUCGCUCCUCCACAUGGCGGAAUGUAUGUCUUUCCACCGGGUCCUACUAUACAGCCACCACCGGGACCCCAUGGAGCAAAGAUGAAGGGAGGAAAAACCAAGUUUAUGGACGGAAAGCAACCGCAUAAGGGGGACGUUAAUCAAAUUCGGCAUCCGAUCUAUUCGGGAGGUGCGAGUCGAUUCACGGACGACAAAGACAAAGCCAACGAAGUUGGGGCUGAUGUUGAAGUCACUACCGGUACGACUACAACUGGUAAAGACAUAACGAAAGAUGGUACUUCUGCUACUGGUGGAGCAGGUGAUGUUGAUGACAAGACCGAAGCAGUAGCAGAGGCUGUUCCUCAAACGGAAACCCCAAAUGUUAGCAGCGCGCAAGCAGAGAAGCAGGAACAGGAUGCCGAAGCAGCAACCAAAGACGCAACCAAGAAAGAAGAAGAUGAGGCGGAUCUCUCGUCAUCUGAAGAACUAGCUGCACCGACAUCAAAUACCCUCUCCCAAGAACCUACGCUUGAAAAAUCAUAAUUUACACAGACUAGUAGGUUUCGAGAAUACGAGAGUGAAUAUAAAGACCCUACCAUUACCAGCAUUUGCGUUGUUUUAGUCGUUGGUGACGUUUUCGCAUUUUCAGGUUGUUUGAAGUUUAGGAAUUUUAGGAAUUUUAGAACACCUUCUAUCAAGCCUUCAACUUUCCAAAAAUUGAAAAAUCGAGGAAUUUCAGGCUCCUUGAUUGCAAAUUUGCGCGGUCCACCUCAGAGCUCGU